CCGUUGAUGGAAUCUCACUUUUUGAGCUCCGCUCAAAGCCUCAAGUACCACUACUUUCUCAAACUGUCAGAUUUGAGCAAGAGAGAGAGAGAGAGAGAGAGAGAGAGCUCCAAACACUGUGAUGUUUGAGUUCGACACCAAGAAGAAACACAGAAACUGGAGAGAUAGAUGAGUGUUUGAGUCAUUUCCCACUUUAUUUAUUAUUUUUUUCUUUCAUUUGCUUCCAAGAUUUACUGGUAGAUACUAUUUCAGGAAUUCCUCGACUUGGGAUUUUGUUUUUCAAUUCAUCUUUCAGGAUGUUGAGGGAUUUCAAAUUCUUACGCCGGAAUUCCGGAAAGAACGAAGAAGCCGAGAAUGUGCCUGUAGACGGCAAGGAAUCGUCGGUGGCGAUACGAAUCUCCACCGACUCAUCGAGGCCUCCUCUGAAUGCAAUCCAAGAGACUGCUGAAAAUCCCAAGCCAGAACAAGAAGUGGGUACUCGGAGUAAGGCCGAUAGAACCCCAUCUAAGGCCAAGGCCAGAGUUGCAGAUCCCACAUUGCCUCUUCGCACACCGGACAAGUAUGGAGCUGGGUUUUCGACAAGAGGUCGAUUUGGUUGGGCACAGAAGCAUGAACCCAGUUCUGUUUCCAGUGAUUUGCGUGACGAUGCGAGCAAUCACUCUGCCCAAGUGAGCAGAGGAGCUGGAAAUUUUAAUGGGAGUUCUACAAGCUUGACGCCUCGGGCAACAACGAGAACGGUUGGGAGACCAGCGUUGAGCUAUUCAGAAAGCAAUUCGACGCAAAGCACGCCCACCAAGAGCGUCUCUAAGCCUCCAAAUACUGGUCUUCGUAAUAAGGUCGAUGGAAGUGCUGGCACUAGAACUGGGAAUUUCGCUGCACUCUAUAGAGGGAUUCCGAUUUCUGGUGGACCACCUACUGUGGUUAAUACAGUCAAAGUCCCUCACUUCGAUCUCAAGGAAGAUCCAUCUUUCUGGAUGGAUCAUAAUGUACAGGUUCUUAUACGUGUACGUCCUCUCAAUAGCAUGGAGCGGAGCACUCACGGUUACAAUAGGUGCUUGAAACAAGAAAGUGCUCAGAAUAUUACAUGGAUUGGGCAACCAGAAACUCGUUUCACAUUUGAUCAUGUAGCCUGUGAAACUGUAGACCAGGAAAUGCUUUUCAGAAUGACUGGUCUGCCAAUGGUGGAAAAUUGCCUGUCAGGUUACAAUAGCUGUAUGUUUGCCUAUGGUCAGACUGGAAGUGGGAAGACAUACACAAUGCUUGGGGAGAUUGAAAAUUUAGAAGUCAUGCCCAGUCCACAUCGUGGAAUGACUCCACGCAUAUUUGAAUUUUUGUUUGCAAGGAUCCAAGCGGAAGAGGAAAUUCGAAGGGACGAGAAAUUAAAGUACAAUUGCAAAUGCUCCUUCCUAGAGAUCUAUAAUGAACAGAUUACGGAUCUCCUUGAUCCUUCAUCUACCAAUUUGCUUCUACGAGAGGAUGCUAAGAAGGGUGUCUAUGUGGAAAAUCUCUCUGAAUUUGAAGUUCAGACAGUGGGGGAUAUCAUAAGCCUUCUAACCCAGGGUUCUUCAAAUAGGAAAGUUGCAGCAACAAAUAUGAAUAGAGAGAGCAGCCGUUCCCAUAGUGUAUUUACUUGCGUAAUUGAGAGUAAAUGGGAAAAAGAUUCCACAACUAACCUACGAUUUGCUAGAUUAAACCUCGUUGAUCUGGCUGGUUCAGAAAGGCAAAAAACUUCAGGAGCUGAGGGUGAGCGUUUAAAGGAAGCUGCAAAUAUUAAUAAAUCAUUGUCUACAUUGGGUCAUGUGAUUAUGGUUCUAUUGGAUGUGGCACAUGGGAAGCCAAGACACGUUCCAUAUAGAGACUCAAGGCUAACCUUCCUUUUACAGGACUCACUAGGUGGGAACUCAAAAACAAUGAUUAUAGCAAAUGUCAGCCCUUCUAUAAGCUGUGCAGCUGAAACACUGAACACCCUCAAGUUUGCUCAACGAGCAAAAAUGAUCCAAAACAAUGCUGUGGUGAAUGAAGAUUCUACUGGUGAUGUCAUUGCCUUACAACAUCAAAUAUGGCUCCUAAAGGAGGAACUUUCUAUUCUUAAACGUCAGAAUGUCUCUCGGUCUUUAUCAUUUGAUUUGAUGGCUGGUGAAGAUAUGAGACAAGUACAAGAAAAUGGUCUUACAGAAUAUGUAUGUGAAAUGGAGAUAGAUAAUGAUGACAAUUCACUCAAAAAUGAAUCAAAAGGCACCGUGAGAAUGUCUAACAAACAGUUAAAAUCUUUGGAGACAACACUUGCUGGUGCAUUGAGGAGGGAGCAGAUGGCAGAAACCUCUAUCAAGCAACUUGAAGCUGAAAUAGAGCAGUUGAAUCGCCUGGUACGUCAAAGAGAGGAAGACACCAGGUGCACCAAAAUGAUGCUGAGGUUUCGAGAAGACAAAAUUCAGAGAAUGGAAUCAGUUAUUAAUGGCUCCAUUCCUGCUGAAACUUAUCUACUAGAAGAGAACAAAUCAUUGUCAGAAGAGAUUCAGCUGCUUCAAGUUAAACUGGAUAGAAAUCCUGAAGUAACUCGCUUUGCAUUGGAGAAUAUAAGGCUUUUAGACCAACUUCGAAGAUAUCAAGAAUUCUAUGAAGAAGGUGAGAGAGAGAUACUUUUGUCUGAAGUGUCUACACUGCGAGAUCAGCUGCAUCACUUUCUUGAUGGAAACUCUAAACAGCAAAGUAAUCCAAACUCCAUUCUGGAACCUCAGGAAACCGUGUGCAUCAGCAGGGAAAAUAAUUCUCUCCAUUUGGAGUCACAAAAAACUCUCAUGGAGUUAGAGGAAUGCAGGCAAAACUUAAACUCUUGUUUGGAUGAAAAUGCAAAACUUAAUAGGGAGUUAGAAGAUUUACGCACGAUGUUAAACAAUCUCAAAUCUUCAACCCUUGAUCAAGAAGAUAGUGUAAAGACUGUAGAGGUGCAAAACGCAGUUCAAACUAAGGAGAUUGAACGGAAACAUGAAGCAAUGAUGAUUAAAAAUGCAGAAGAAAAUUUGAAUUUGCAGUUGGAAUUGGAUAUACUAAAGAUGAUUCUCAAAGAAGAGAGAUCAUCUAGUGGCAAAAUGGAGGAAAGACUUAUGUGCCUAAACAGAGAUCUUGAGCAAGCAAAAGAAGAAAUUUUGUUGAUAAGUAAACAGUACGAAGAUGCAAAGAGUGAACUGAAAGCAGCAAAGUCUGUAAUUGAAGCUAUAGAGUCCCAGCAGAUUCUGUCAAUCAAUGAGAUGGAGGAACUCAGGAGCAGUAACACCCAUCAUGUGCAACUUUUGCAGAAACAGGAAGUUGAAAUCUUGUCCUUGAAAGAACAACUUGCUUUAAAAGAAUUAAGAGAUCUCUCACCUUCCAACUGUUCUGAGAAUGACAUCUCUCUGUUACAGUCAAAAGUGAAGAGGAUGCAACAUUCCCUUGAAAAGGCCAAGAGAUUAAACACAUGGUACCAAAGUGAUCGUGAAUUUCAGGUCUCCAAUGAUGAAGAAAUGGAUGAGGUUUGCAGGCAGGCUGAAGCUGAAACAGCUGAGGUGAUUGUCUGUAUGCAGGAAGAGUUGGCCAUACUUCAGCAGCAAGUGCAAGAUAGUCAUCUGAAAGAACUAGAGAUGAACAAGAAUGUAAUGUUUAUGAAAACCGAAUUGAAGGAGGUUCAGGAAAAAGUAUACUUCUUGACCAAAGAUAAUGAAAGUUUAAGCGAGAAGCUUGAGGAGAAAGAUGAAGAACUAAGAAUCUUAUCUGAAGAAUGGGAACUAUUGACCAGUGAGCUUGAGGAAGUUCUCUCUGAUGGAUGUGAGAUGCUGACUAAUGCAUCUGAUCAACUUUCCCUUAUAUCUAGCUCCUUUCCACAAAAGAGGAUAUGGAUUUCUGAACAUGUUGGCAGGAUGGUAAGAACCAUCUCCGAAAAGGAAUUAUUAAUUGAAGAACUGAGAAAAUGUUUAGAGGAUGCAAACAACAAGAGAAGUGAUGUAGAGUGCAUGCUGAAGUCAUUGAGAGGAGCAGCAAUGGUUAUUACUGAAGCUCACCAGCAGGAAUGCAAUGAAAAGGAGAAACAAAUCCUGCAAUUGACAUCGCAGUUGACUGCAAAGGCAUCUACCACAGCAAAGCUGGAGGACCGAGUCAAAUUGCUGGAAGAUCAGGUCAGAAGAACAUCAGAUUGUGCAACAGUUGCUUUUGUCGUUGUGAAUAGAUUAUCAGAAGUGAAUCACAAUAACCUUGAAGCAUUAGAGCAUAAGAAUAUCCAACUUUGUGAAGCAGCUGAAAUUAGCUUGAGGAAAGAUGCCCUUCUCAAUGAAAAGGAUGCUGUAGUAGAAGAAGCAGAGAACCAGAUCCAGUCUCUCAGAGCAGAACUAACAAAGUUGGAGGGUAUCUGUGUUGAUCUAAGACAAAAACUUUCUAAGGAGCAGGAACAUGCUUAUGCUAGGAAACAAAUGCUUGAAGAUGUCAAAGAGAAAAACAUUCUAAUGGCAAGGGAAAAGCUAGCUGAGCUAAGAACUGGUGUCUCCAGUCUUAAGUCAUGCAUGAGUACAUACGUGGAAUGUUAUAGAAGUCCUGAAAAGAAUAGUUCAGAAGAAGUUUGUGCAUCUACCGAAGGAGAAGAAGAAGGCCGGAUAGCCAUUGGAACAUGUCAAAGCAACAAUGUAGAUGACAGAUUUGUUGAGGACUCGAGAACAGACAUGGCCAACUGUUCUCUUAAAGUGGGUAAAGGGGUAACUAACUAUUCAUCUGAUCAGGAAAAUUUGAAGUCCAGAAUACCUUGUGAGAAUGUUCAUGAGAGAGAUGUUAUGAUUAUACUUCUGAAAAAGGAAAUAGAAUCUGCUCUCAAAAGUUUGAAAGAGGUUCAGGCUGAGAUGGAAAAACUACAUGAAGAAAAGAAAGAGAUGUGGAAGUCUGAGCAACAGAGUCAGAAAAGCAUAAAAUCUUUUACAACUCAGGCACUGAAACUGCAAGCAACCAUGAAUGACUUUGAAAAUCAAUCUAAGCUCAAGAUGGAAGCUUUGAGUCAAAAGUUACAGGCAUUUGAAAGUAUUGUGCUAGAAGCUGGCUCUCAUUGGUACCACACAAAAGAGUUGGUUGAACUAGAACUUGAUGAUGGAAAGUUGGUUGCAGCCCAGAAAACUGCAGAAGUUGCUUGCAUUCUUUCUAAAUUUGAAGAAGCCCAAGAUACCAUGAAGGAAGCAGAUAUUAUGAUUAAUGGACUGAUGAUAGCCAAUGAAACGAUGAAGCUUGAAGUAGGAAAUCUGCAGAAAAUGUAUGCCAUCUCAAUCAAUGACAAGGAUACAUUAAUGAAUGAGGUCCAGAGCUUGCAAUCCAGCAAUCAUCUAAAGAACCAACAAAUUGAACACCUUGCAUCUGACCUAAUGGAAACAAAGACUUUGGUUGCAGAGUUAGAGGGUAUGAUUGCAGAAAUCCAAACCUCUUCCACAGAAAGUUUCAAGUUAUUAGCCUCUGACUUCCACAGCAUGAAAUCUCUAUUUUUUGAAUCCUCAAAGCAAGUCCAAUCGUGGCUUGAGGAUGUCUGGUCUGACAUAAUUGUGAAGGACUGUGCUGUGUCAGUUCUACAUCUCUGUCACAUGGGAAUUCUGUUGGAAACAGUGAUGGGACUGAAUGCAGAGAAUGGACUGCUUCAACAUGGCCUGUGUGAAUCAAAUUCUCUCAUAGCUGAUUUGAAGCAACAUAAUACUAAAUCAAGAAGAGAGCUUGAGAUGUGUAGAGUCAUUAAGGGGAAAUUAUUGGCUGACAUUAAGAACAGUUUUGAUCGCAUUUCCAAGAAAGAAGAGGAAAAUCAAGAGCUCAGUUUCAAGCUAACCACUUUUGAGAAAAAGAUAUCAGAUUUACAGCUUCAAGAGGAGUUGAUGCUGCAGAGGUCUGAUUAUAUGGGAUCUCAGCUUGCUAUAUUGAUGAAAGAGCUGGACUUCAGUAACACAACUUUUGUGCAAUCCCUUUUGGAUGAAGAAAAAAUGCUAAAAUUUAAGGAGAAUGUCCUCGAAUCUCAAGCUGAGAGCUUCAUGAUAGAUUGGUGCUUGAAAGACUUUGAGUCACUUAUCUUGGCAUCAAAAUUAGAAGAGAUGGCUUUGCACAAAGCUGAAAUAGAGAGAGAGCAUAUAAGCUGUUGUGCAUCUCUUGAAAAGUUAAAAGAAGAAAUGAUUCUUUUCAAGGUAGAUGCAGGAUUGAAAGAACAAUUCUUAGCUGAUGAGGAAGAUGAGGUUGGUUGCCAAAUUUCUGUCCUUGGUCAGAAGAACCAAAAGCUGCAGAAGGAAAUGUGCAAGCUGGAAAGCUUGUUAAAAAAUGAGCUGGACACGAAAAAGGAGGAGCUAAGCCAAAUGAUCAAAUUAGAGAAGGAAAAUGAGUCGCUGAGGAUUGAGAUCAGUAAGUUAAAGACAGAAAACAGCUUAGUUAUCGAACAUUUGGAGGAGAAGAAUUCUGAUAUAAGUGUUUUUGAGAAAGAAAAUCACCGCUUACAAGAAGCAAUUUUGUCUGUGGAGACUCGUGUUGCCGGUCUGCAGAUGGAUUUAGAGGUAAAAAGUUCAGACAUGCAUAAAAUCAAAGGAUCACAAGCUGCUGCGGUGGAAAGAGUGUACUUGAAAUGCCAGGAUUUGCAAACCUACAGCAAUAAUAUUGAUACAUUGAUGAAUGGUACAAAUAAUCUUCUGAAUGAACAGUACUUUAUGAUUGUCGAGAAUGCAUUGGUAGAAAUAAGUAAACUUACAGAGAGGACGUCUAAAUUCACAGAGGAGCUUGAGUACCUGGAGUGCCAUGCUAAAGAGCUGGUAUCUGAAAAUUUGUCUCUUCAGACUGAGCUACUGAGGAAGGAUGAUGUUCUGAAAGGUUUGUUAUUUGAUCUAAGCUUGUUGCAGGAGUCUGCAGCUAACACAAAAGAUCAAAAAGAUGAAAUUGAAGGAAUGAUAGCUUCUUUGGAGGCUUUAGAAGAUGAGCUUUCAGUGAAAUCGGGUGAGCUUGAUGAGGUCGUUGCUAGAAGGCAAAUGCUUGAAGCUGAGUUGCAGGAUAAAACAGAGAUGAUCUCUGCUCUUGAAUUGACUAUCUCGAAGGAACGUGAGUACCAAGAAUUGCUUGCCAUUGAAAAUUCAAUGUUCAGAGGUCAAAUUGAAGAUGCCUUGGCAGCAAAAAGCUUAGUUGAAGAUGAGUUGACAGAAAGAAAGAAGAUAAACGAGAGCUUAGAAUUGGAACUCUUGGAAAUGAGCAAUGCUCUUGGCAUAAUGACCGACUCCAUUGAAUCCCUGAAAUUUGUUCUAAAUGAACUUUCUAGUGAGAGGGAUCAUCUUCAAACUGAGAUGCUUAGUUUAAAGGAAAAGCUUGAAAGGGAAGAGGCACGUGCUGAAGAAAAUGAAGCAAUUGCAAAGGAAGCUCAAAAGACGGCUGAAUCAAGAAAGAUCUAUGCCGAAGACAAGGAGGCAGAGGUGAAACUAUUAGAGAGGUCUGUUGAAGAGCUAGAAUAUACUGUAAAUGUACUGGAAAACAAGGUUGAUAUUGUUAAGGGGGAAGCAGAACGUCAACGGUUACAGAGAGAAGAUCUUGAAUUGGAACUUCAAAGUGUAGAACAUCAGCUACAGAAUGUUAAAAAUGCUGAUGCUGACAUUAAAAGGCAUUUAGAUGAGAAAGAGAAAAGCCUUCAAGAAGCCCUAAAGCAUGUUCAAAUUCUUGAGAGGGAUAUAACUGAAAAGGAUACUGAGAUUGCCCAAUUCAAAACACAUAUCUCUGAGCUAAAUCUUCAUGCAGAAGCACAGGCUUCUGACUACAAGCAGAAGUUUAAGGCAUUGGAGGUAAUGGCUGAGCAAGUCAGACCUGAAGGUCAUUCCAGCCAUGUCAUAAAUUCUUCUUCAAACAAGUCGGAGAAAUAUGCCACCAAAUCUAGGGGUUCUGGUUCUCCUUUUAAAUGCAUUGGCUUAGGCUUGGCACAGCAAAUAAAAUCUGAAAGGGAUGAAGAGCUUACUGCUGCCAGGCUGCGUAUUGAAGAGCUUGAAUCCUUAUCUGUCACCAGACAGAAAGAGAUAUUUGCACUCAAUGCCAAACUAGCUGCUGCUGAAAGCAUGACACAUGAUGUUAUUCGGGAUUUACUGGGAGUCAAGUUAGAUAUGACCACCUUUGUGUCACUGUUGGAUAAUCACCAAGUACAGAAGAUUACCGAGAAAGCUCGACUUCAUAAUCUGGAAUCUCAAGAAAAGGGGCAGGAGGUUAUGAAUGUGAGAAAACGGCUAAAUGAAUUCGUUGAGGAGAGACAAGGAUGGCUAGAAGAAAUUGAUCGAAAACAGGCAGAACUUGUGGCUCUGCAAGUUGCUUUGGAAAAGCUUCGGCAGCGUGAUGAGUUACUUAAAACUGAAAAUGAGAUGUUAAAGGUGGAGAAUGUAAAUCAUAAGAAGAAGGUGAUGGAGCUUGAAGAAGAAGUAAAUAAACUGUCAGGCCAACAAAAUCUUCAACAGCGCAUUCAUCACCAUGCCAAAAUCAAGGAAGAAAACAACAUGCUGAAAAUUCGUAAUGAAGAUCUUAGCACUAAGCUGAGGAGGACAGAGAACAUUCUUUCACGGGUCAAGGAUGAGCUCGCUUCCUUCCGAGUCUCCAAUGGGAGGAAUCCUUAUAUUGAUUUUGAUGAAGAGAAACGGUUGAGUGCCAAACUGAAGGAAAGUGAGGAGGAGAAAAUGCAAUUAGCACAGAAGUUAUUGGGACUUUGUACUAGUGUUUUGAAGGCAGCUGGAAUUACAAAGCCUGUAUCCAAUAUAAAUCCCUCUGUUGCUGAAGAAGCACUUGAGCAAAUCAAGAAUAAAUUUACUUCAAUGGAAAGAGAAAUGCAAGAUUUGAAGUUCAAGAACAAAAUUGCAAGUGAAAGAAUUCGAUUGUCCGAGCUCAAGCCACAAUCUUCACCAAUAAGCUCCAGGGCAGAUGAUAAUUCUCAAACAGCAAAGAGGGUGUCCCAACCUCCAUACUUUUCUGCUUUAGAUCGUUGAUUAUCAUCAUGGUGUUAAUUAGAGUGUGUUAACUUUUGCUAACGCAUUCAUUAACUAAUUAAUUUAUUAAUUAAUUUCCCUACAUUUUAUAGGCUUUCAAUGUGUAAAUAAUUAUUAUUAUUAUUAUUUUUUUGUGCUUAUGUAAAUGUUACAAUUUUCAACCAUGAAUGUAAAUUAACAAGUUUAGCAUUUGCCA